GUGACAUCAUCAGGACUCUAAACAGGAAGUGCUGAGAAGCUGAACAUAGGAACAGGAGUGAUAAUAAUAAUAAUAAUGUGCCUAUGAACAGGAAUGCAGAAGGAAUAUUAAUGUGUAAGAAAUGGACCAAAAGUUGACUGAAUUAGUUGAAUCCCUUACAACCUCUGGAGAGUCACAGCUUGAUCAGGAGAAGCUAAAGGAGUUAAAGAAAAUCUGCAAGUCUUCAGAAGAUCAUAUCAACCAUGUGUACCAUCUGCUCAUGACACAACUGAACCAGGAACAUGCAGAGAUCCGUCUUUCUGCUUUUCAGAUAGUUGGCGAACUGUUUUCACGUUCACAUCAGUUCCGAACAUUGCUAAUUUCAAACUUUCAGGAAUUCCUGGAGCUCACUGUUGAGACUGAUUAUGAGCAGCCACUCCCUCCACCCAAAGAAGUAGCUCAGAAGCUGAAGACGUUGGCAAUUAAAACUGUACAGGAAUGGCACGAAAAAUUUGGGGAGGCUUACAAGAAACUGUCUUUGGGCUACAACUUUUUGAAGCAGAAUAAAAAGGUGGAUUUUCAGGAUGUGAGCUCCAGAACAUUAGCUGAGAGAAAAAGAGAGGAGGAAAAGCAAAAACGUUUAGAAAAUAUUUAUAAAGAGAAGGCAAAAAAUGCAACAAAAGAAAUGGAAGAAAUGACAGAAGAGAUUCAGUCCGCUCUUACUGAGAUGGAGAACUGCUUUAAACUUUUGUUGCCGGAUCCAGUUGAUUUUGCGGUCUUCACUGAGGACACCGAAUCUUUGAAUAAAACCACUUACACUCACUCCAAAGCAGUAACCAAUGAACCUUCAUCCUGUGAGUUUGAUGACGAGCAGCCAUGUUGUAGCAAAGACUUGCCCUCACUAUCGGUAUCCCACAGUGUUUGUGCAAAUGGAGCAUCUCAACAGUUGCCUAAAGACUCAAAGAACUCUGACGAAUCCGAUGAUGACUUUGAAGCAGUAGAAGAGCCGUUCAUCAGAGAUCAUGGCCUUGGUUCUCGCAAAUACAACCUUAGUCUUGAGAUAUCAACAGACUUCAAAUUGGAUGAAAAUGAAAAUAAUACAGAUAUCGUAAACAAUCUUCUGGAUGCUCAUAAGCUAGUUAAAAACAAGUACUGGCCGACCGUGCAGUCCUGGAUACAGGUUUUUACAAAAGCAGGAAUAAAUGAUAAUAGUCUCAAAAGUGCAAUUGACCUGAAAAAAACCUUAGAAUCUGCAAUGAAAAAGCACAAGGAGAUGAACAUUGAAUGCAAACCCAGAGAGAGAAAAGCAGUGAAAUCUAGUGAUGAUGAAGAUGAUUUUGAAGAGGUCCCUGAGAAGGAAGGUUAUGAGCCUGACAUUCCUGACCACCUUCGGAAGGAAUACGGCCUGGAACCAUCUACAUCAUCUCUGCCAGCAAAGGAAUCUAAGAUCAAAAAAGCAGCUGCACGGCCAGAGGUCAGAAAAGCUUCUGUUCCGCUACUUCAGCCACGUCCGAAAAGAAAUGAUGAUGAGUGGGAUCCCACUUGUGCUGCUGCCACAUUAAAAUUAAUGAAGAAUAAACUGCAAGAGGUGCCAAGGACUAGGUCCAGUGAUUCGGGGGAACCGAGCAGCAAAUGUGGGAGACGGGAGGAAGAGUUGUCCAAAGCACCUGUCAUACCUUUUGGUUUAGACCUGCACUACUGGGGGAAGGAGCAGCCCACAGCUGGCAAAAUACUGAAGGUCAGUUCUCAACAUCGGUUCUGGGCACCAAAUGAGCUAGAAGAGGAAGUUGAGAAUAAAGAAGUAGAAGCCAUGAUGAAAACACGAUAUAUAUCAUUUCCUGGAAAGUUUGAACCAGUGAAACAUAGGUGCCGUGUUCCUCUGCCCAAUGGUAGCUUGUGCGAGAGACAAGACAGAAUUAAGUGUCCUUUCCAUGGGAAAAUUAUUCCACGGGAUGAACUUGGAGUCCCUAUUAAUCCUGAAGACCAAGCUAGGGAGGCCAAGCAAAAGUUUGAAAAACAAGCAGAGGAACAAGACUGGCGAGAUCCUGAGUUGAUGAAAGAUAUUGAGGAAGCUACAGGAAUAGAUCUCGGGUCCACAAAAUGUAAAGCUAAAGGAAAGGGAUCAAAAAGGAAAGGGAAGAAAAAGUACCCAAACCUCACAGACCUCAAACAGAAAGCCAACACAUCCCGCUCACGGCUGGAGAAAAAAGUGUUUAACACAGGAUCAGUGAAACGAGUGAUAAGCGCAAUGAACCAAAUGGAUAAGAGGCGACAUGAGAAGUUUGCAAACCAGUUUAAUUAUGCAUUAAAUUAAAACGCAAGAGAAUGAUAAACCAUUGAACUGACUGCUACACGGCAUACUUGUUUUAAAGCCCUUUAAAGAAAAAUUGUUGUAAUAUAAGUACUUUUUUUAACAAAUGAUAUGGUCUUAACUUAUUUGAAUAUUUUUUUUUUACACUUUGUACAUUUUAUAUAUUUUAAAAAUGUUGUACCUAUUUAUUUUUUAAAGAUAAUACUAAUUCCUGAAACAGACUAUGUAAACUUUGUAAACAAUAUACAUGCUUAGGGUUUCUUCUGUGGUCUAUAGUGUGUUAUAGAUUAUUAUAAAUAAUGUAUGUUUAUAUUUUUAUUGUAUAAAAUAGUGAGAGUCCAUGAGUCAUUACAUGUGGGAUUACACUGCAGUCUACUAGGAGGUGGCAAAAACACCCCUACAUUCCAGAUCUUAAAUCCCUCCCACUUUCCCAUAAUCCCUUAGUCAUUUUUUGUUUUUGCCUUCAAGGUGGAGUUAGAUAAAUUUUGGAGUACUGCUCUACACAACAAGGGGAGGGGUUCUCUAACCAAUCUGAGACCAAUUUCCUCCUCAGAGGGCUUACAAAGGGCAGAGGGGUAGAUAGGAGAUUUCAGCCAGGCAGUGAAAAAUCGUUUACCAGUGUGGAAAUGUCAUAGGCUUCCCAGGUGAAAUACAGAUUUAUCUGCCAGUCCCCUGGUCUACAAUGUGCUGCUUCUUGUGUGAUUCAUAGCCCUCCCAGGUAAAAUGUGGGUUUAUCGGCCAACCACCUGGGUUGUAGAUGCCGCUCCUUAUGAGAUAUUUGUCACUGUGUUUGCACUGCCUCAGAGGGGCCUGUCUAUUGAAAGCGGUUUUCUGCAGUUGAGUUGAACAAGGUAGAUGAAGGUGCUGACAGGCAAGUACACUGCACCUUCAUAACCCAAUGGCUAUUAACAUUAACGUGUACACAUUUCAUAUAGACUGGGACAUAGGCACACACAGCACACAAUUGCUAUAACAGUUUCAGGCACUUUGGGCACUUAUUAAAAUUAAAAAUACCUAGGCUUAGCAUAGCUGGUGCAAAUUUAAUUAUUUUUUCCCCUUAUAUGCUGGGCUUAAUUCAAUUUAAAAUAGGUAUUUCAAUGUUACAUGGUGCUUAAAGGGACAGUAUACUGAUAUUUUUGUAUUUUUUUUUAAAGUGUUUCCAAUUAUUUGUUAUACCAGCUGCUGAGUAUAAAAUGUAUGAGAAAUUGCAUUUUCUGAUUUAUUUGUGUAUAUGAAAUAGCUAGUUUUGUACUUUGAAACCACAGCCUAUUAAAGGGGGUUGAACUUGCAGGUAAACUCAGAUUGCUGUUAUUACUUUCUGUGUACACAUGCUUUCUUAUCUUAUAAUUUGUCUGUAAACCAAAGCUCAAUAUUUAAAGCGAACAAUGGAAAAUAAACAUUUUAUUACUCUCCUA